CAAAAAUAUUGGUCAGCCAUGACAAGCAACAAUUCGGUGUCUAUUCGCAGUGUUAACGAGUAGGGCGUGCGUACAUUUUGAGGAUGUGAGACAGAUCUUUUAGAGGCCUGAAAAACUCCGAAGUCGGCAUAGUUUUUGAGUAGGAAAGGUAUAAGGACUUGAGCAGCCCACCCAUCAAGGUAAAAGCUUUAAUUUCUUGCAUUGACUUUUACCUUGAGCUUCGGGAUCCUGGAGCAGAAACAGCUACUAUACGAUAUCUCUGGACAUAGCAUUGACGACGCUAUCUACACUACAAACACUGUACAAAUACGAAUCACCGUCAGCAUGGCCAUGACAGGAGCAAAGAAACUACAAGAGUUGAUGGCAACGCCCGACCACAUCAUCGUCGCUCCAGGAGUCUACGACGGCCUCUCUGCCAGAAUCGCUCUCGCCGCAGGAGCAGAAUGCCUCUACAUGACAGGAGCAGGCACAAACAUGUCCCGCCUCGGCACCGCAGACCUCGGCAUCGCCACCCUCCCCGACAUGCUCUCAAACGCCUCCACCAUAACCUCCCUCUCACCCUCCAUUCCCGUAAUAGCAGACGCAGACACCGGCUACGGCGGUCCCAUAAUGGUAGCUCGCACAACCCGCCAAUACGCACUCGCCGGUGUAGCAGCCCUCCACAUCGAAGACCAAGUCCAAGAAAAGCGCUGUGGCCAUUUGGUGGGCAAACAAUGUGUGAGUAGAGAGGUGUAUUAUGCGAGACUGAGGGCUGCGGUGAAGACGAGGGAUGAGAUGGGCGCGGAUAUGUUGGUCAUUGCGAGGACGGAUGCGAGGGCAGAUUUGGGGUUCGAAGAGGCUGUGGAGAGGUUGAAGGGCGCGGUGGAGUGUGGUGUUGAUGCUUUGUUCCUCGAGGCACUGCAGAGUGAGGAGGAGUGUAAGAGGGCGGUCGAGAUCUUUGCCCCUACGCCUGUUUUGCUUAAUAUGGUGCCUGGAGGAAAAACACCGCAGAUGGGUGUCAAGAGGGCAAAGGAGAUUGGCUUCAAGCUCUAUAUCAAUCCUACAUUGGGACUAGAGGCUGUUGUUAGACCGUUGGAGAAGGCUUACAAGAUGUUGGUUGAGCAGGGCACUGAUGAGUGUGAGCCCAUUGGUCCCAAAGCUCUAUUCGAGAUUUGUGGUCUAAAUGAGGCUAUGGCGUUUGAUGAGAGCGUUGGCGGUGCUGCGUUCGGAUCGUCAAAGUAGAAGCGAAAACAACGGUGUGAUCAUCAAUCUUCAUUGUCUCAUACAGCUAUAGCUAUGUCAUUCAUGCUAAUUGCGGGAGCAAACCCUUACAGCUUAUCAUGUCUUCGUCAUGUUCUCCCAGCAAAGCAAACGGCUAUAAAACCUAUCGUCCAAGUCAUGUCCUCUUAGGAUACCGAGCAGCGACCAUUGUAAGGCCUGAACUUGACCCACAGCACUAUUCCCCACCUCCCUACGUCGUCUCAACCAGCGGUCUCGUCCUCUGUCUUGGUCUUGGUCUUUGGGGUGGUACGAAGGACAAUCUCAGUGAUGGCAACCACAUCCAUAGCUUCAAGACCAGUGACGGGAAGUUUCAGGCUGUUCAAGUAGACGAGGACCUGGUUGCAUCUGUCCUGACCUAUGGCAUAAGCCUCGUCAUUCUGGCCGUCGAAACCCACAACGCAGCCUCCACCACGUGUAGCA